AUGGCUGUCAGUCCGAACGGCGUUCAGCUGUCUAUCUGGAUGGCGGUGUUCACCUUCCUGACGAGUGUGGUGAUUGCGCUGCGCAUCUGGGCAAUACAUUUGACCCGCAAGAGUCUCCAGCUGCAUGAUUAUUUUGUGAUCGCUGCUCACACGAGCGCGUGUGCAAUGGUAGGAUUGAACUACUGGGCGGUUGCCAAUGGGCUAGGAGGGCAUACCGCCACCCUUUCGAAGGAGGAACUUGACAUUCAGUUCAAGAUGAUCCUGGGAGUGAGCAUGACAUGGCUGGUUGGUACAGUCUGCUGCAAGCUAUCAAUCCUAUCGCUGUAUACCAGUCUCUUUCGAACUUUUCGGCCGAUUCGUAUUCUUGUUUGGGUGGUGAGUAGCCUGGUCGUGGGCUACUUCAUUACCUUUCUACCACUCUUCCUUACUCAAUGCCAUCCGGUCUCGUAUCAGUGGCAUCCCGUACCAGGUGGUGGGUGUCGCUCAUUGAGUAUUCAAGAGAUCGCAUCAAUCACACUUAACAUAUUCUUGGACUCGACAAUCGCUCUCCUGCCAAUUCCUGCGAUUUGGAAAUUGCGGAUGUCCCUUCGCAAUAAAUUGACGAUUGCGGUAAUGUUUGGAAUGGGCUUGAUCGUCGUCGCAGUCAUGAUAUGGCGCCUUGUCAUCACUCUUAAUCCCAAAACUGCCGCCGACUUCGUCUAUGGACUAUAUAAGAUCGGUCUGGUUAGUUUCCUCGAGUUAUGGCUCAGCAUCAUCAUCGUCAGUCUGCCGGUCCUCGCACCUCUCUUCCGCCAUUACGUCGAGCCCCUUCUGUCACACAAGCGACCCAGUGCUGGUCAACUCCGAGAAGCGCAGCAUACGAUCGGCAGUGAUCCACCUAAAAAGCGGCACAGGCCGGGCUAUCCUUAUGCUGAUAUUGAGAUGGGACGGGGCAACUACUCGGCACAGGUGAAAACUGGGAUGACCUCGUCGCAGAGUGAUGGCGACGAUACGGUCGGGCUUGUAAAUGAUAUGCAGCCCAAUGCUAUUGCGAUGCGGAGGGAGGUUGUUGUUCAGGAGGGACGAGAGCGCGAUGUAUGA